UUCGAGGGCGGGUGUGUCGGGGAUCAGGUUGCCGGGCAAGGCAUGUCGGGGUUCGGGUUGGGGUUUUUGCUAAAAUCCGUCGAGGUUUUCGGGGUGGGGUUGCUACCUUAAUCAAAAUACAAUAAAUGAAACAUUUAAAACAUUCAUUAAAUAUUCUCUCACUUUCAAUUACCAACCACUUAUUCUAUUGAGAAUCUAAAUGUAUUAGUUUACAAAAAUAGCAAACUACAACCCUUUGUAAAUAUGCAAAGUGCAGCGCAAACUUUAAAAAAGCAUUUAAAAAAUUCUCUCCAUUCCCUUUUUUAUUUGAACUUUUCUAAAAAUAGUAACAAACUACGAGAGCACGCGUGCUUGUUAUUUUUAAUGUCAGUCCACCCCUCACGAUUUUUUAAAAGCAAAAACUCAAUACAAACAUUUUCUCUUUUCUCUCCUUAUUUUAUUCUCCGUUUUCGCUUUUUGACCAUUUUUUCAUUAAAAUUUUUAAAAUUAUUUUUUAUUCCCUUUUUUGUCAUUUAUACAUAAAUUGUGUU